AAGAAAAAACAAUUUUGCUGAGAUUGAAAUGGUGGGAAUAGGCAGCAGUAAAGGAGGAAGUAACUAGGAAGACCACUUAUUUCAGCUGUUGUGGAGGCAGUGAUCCAGUACUAGUUUAUCAGUCACAUGUUGCCCACACUGUCUGAGGGCCUUGGUCUCUCUUACCUAGAGGCCAAUACCAAAACAUUUGCUGAAGGAUGCAUACCUACCUCCUAUCAGCCUUAUUUUGGCCCCAGGGUAUCAACUCCCUAGCAUUCCAGUGCCUGGGGUUCCAGACACACACCACUUACACAGAGUUGAGGGGUUACCCCAUCAUAACUCUUCUUUAAAAAAAUAUAUAUAUAUAUAUAUACUUUAUUUAUUUAAAAGAGUUACAGAGAGAAGUAGAGACAGAGGUCUUCCAUCCGCUGGUUCACUCCCCAGAUGGCCGCAUCGGCCAGAACUGUGCCGAUCUGAAGCCAGGAGCCAGGAGCUUCUUCUGGGUCUCCCACGUGGGUGCAGGGGCCCAAGGACUUGGGCCAGCUUCUACUGCUUUCUUAGGCCAUAGCAGAGAGCAGGAUCGGAAGUGGAGCAGCCAGGACUAGAACCGGCACCCAUAUGAGAUGCCAAUGCUUCAGGCCAGGGCUUUACUCCACUGCGCCACACUGCCAGCCCUUCAUCAUAAUUCUUCUUCCUCGUACAAGUGUCCACCUGGACUUGUGCCCAGCCUGAGAUCCAGCCAAGACACUAGACUGCCUGUUCUGAAGCCGAGAUGCCUCUCACAAACCAUAACACCAAUUCCCCAGCCAGACCCCAGUGACCUUUUAAAGUAAAGUGUUCCUGUGAGUACUGCCAAGGCAUCAACAGAGUUCGUCAUCAUAUUUGGGGAGCAACGGAUGUAACCAGUGGCUCAUUCACUCGUUUUCAGCCAUGACCACACCAUUAGCUGACUCAUUUAGAAAGCAAGGUGAUUUGUUAGGUCCCCAGAAGUUGCUCUAUAACCUAGAGCUGCAGGCUUUGUUUCUCUCUGCCCUGAUCCUGUCUGAGGCCAUCUGACAUUUUAUAUUCUCUGGACUCUUAGCUUAUAGAAAAGCUAUGGGGGCAACUAUAUCCCAGAAAGACUUCAGGUCUGUUAACAGAACGCCCGUGUCAAUUUCUCACAGAAGCUGACCUUCGUUGAAGUCAACUGUUAUCCCAGAGAAUGGAAAUUCCAGCUUCGAGGCUCUGUUUCCUGAGGCCUGGUACCUGAGGCUAGGACACACAACCCAUCCUAGCCUGUAACAACUGCCACGUUCCGAGCAACUCGAUCACACCAGGCAGGCUGCCUCUUUAAUGUUCUGAGAGUUCAAUUUCAUAUACUCUCAGCAGCUGAAACUCUCAAGGGAAACGCUUUCCUUAAAACCCAGGGGACAUGUAUACAAGUCGGUGCUCUGUCACCAUGCUGUCUGACCGUUCUAUCUACCUUGAAUAUGGUCACCAAAGGUCAGAAUCAAAAAUUACUUCCUGGCUUUUUCCCACGGGCCAGAUGUGGAGCUGGAGGUCCCGGGAGUUGUGGCCGGCAGGGGUCCCCGGAAGAGGACUGUUAAGCUGCAAUGCCGCAUCGUAGGGGAGAAGUAAUUCGCCCGGUUAUUGGAACUGCGGCGUCCGGGGGCGCCCUGGGCUGGGGGCGGGUUCUUCUGCCCGCAGUACCGCACGCUGCAGCCACCUGACCGAGCUUGAGACUACGUUCAGCCUCAUGGAUUGCAACCGCUCCUUCAGAGUUGAUACCACGGAGCUCCAGCGCAGGGAUCAGGAGCUACAGCAUCUUGUCCACCCAGAUUUCUUCAGCCAGAGGUCUCAGCUAAAGCUCCAUGGAGUAGAGAUUCCUGAAGGGGCAGAUUAUGACAUGGACAAGCAAUUCCUCAUGGAAAUAAUGGAAAUCAAUGAAAAACUCGCAGAAGCUCAAAGUGAAGCUGCCAUGAAAGAGAUUGAAUCCAUUGUCAGAGAUGACUUUGAAAAGGCCAAGGAAAGUUUAACAAAGAUGAGAUACUUUUCAAAUGUAGAAAAAAAGCUCAAGUUAAAGAAGAUUCCCCUCUAACUGUUGCUAAUUUAAAGUUUUAAAAAUAAAGUUCUUGUAUAUUUAAAAAAAAAAUACUUCCUUGUACAUUACUGCUACCUGAGACUUCCACACCAGAUGAGUGCCUGGAAAGUCUAAGGAAACCAUGCAUCAUUAUCAACUCUCAGUGUUGCUUUGAAUGUUUCUGACCCAAUCUUCUAAUAAGGACAGUUUCCAUAUUAGCCCCCACCCACAUCUCCACAGCCAAUUUAGUAAUCAGAUCUUUCUCCAUGGAAAAUUCAGUCAUUUGACAUCUUGCCUGUUCCCAAGUUUUCCUUCCAGGUGAGGAAGCCACUUCCUUGCCCAACUGAAUACUGCCCACCACACACAGUGAUGACCAAAUGCUGCAUCUCACCCAAAAGUUCAGUGAGAAUUUGUCACUGACAUACAUCAUUGUGUCUUUGUAGCACUCCUCACCAUUGCAGGUUAUGUGUUCAGCAGUUUGCUCCCUCUCAAAUCAGAGCGCCUUACAUAUGUUCCUACAUCUCCCUAUACUACCAACCUGAAGCUCUACAAACUCUGUAGUAAUGAUGCCUCAAUGCUUUUGUGCCCCUGUGACAUUGAACCUUCAAGCCCAGCAGACCAGCCUGUGGACUGGGACUGAGAGAAUAAGAAGGAUAAAUGUUGCUCACUUUAACUUGGUUCCUUUCCUAGGAAUUAAUUAGCCUUCUUUGAGUUUUACCUCCAAACUGUUCUCACACGAAUCCGGUUUUUCUUGGCUCUUGACUUUUGUCCUUGCUAUCAUUUGAUGCUCUAUUCCUGCAUUUUGGAUUCUUGAGUGGAAUUUGGUUUUUGUGUCUUGAAUCCUUGAGGGCUUUGCCUUAUGUUCAUUGCUCUGAUGCUUUGUGAACUGUAUCAGGCAUUGUAGACUAGGGCCCAAGAUCUCUGGGUCUUAAUACAAUAGCGUGGCACUCUUUUCAUAUGUAUGUUCAACUUGGGUCAGCAGGGGUUCUACUCAUUGUAGUUACUUAGGAGACUCAGGCAGAUAAACGCUCCAUCUCACUCCUGCAACGUGAUUGCUAUGAUAGGAAAAAGGUGUGGCAUGUAGUAUGUAAGCUUUUGAAAAUACCUAUCCAGAAAUGACACAAACUUCUAUCCACAAUUCAUCAGCAGAAACAUAUCAUAUUUGCAUGCCUAACUUCAAAAGGAACAAGAGUGCCACCCACCAUGAAUCCAGAAAAAAUAAUGGAGGAUUUGUUAAUGGUCUUUUUUUUUUAGAUUUAUUUAUUUAUUUGAAAGCUAGAGUUACACAGAGAGAAGAGAGGCAGAGAGAGAGGUCUUCCAUCCGCUGGUUCACUCCCCAAUUGGCCGCAACGGCCAGAGCUGAGCUGAUCCGAAGCCAGGAGCCAGGAACUUCUUCUGGGUCUCCCACGUGGGUGCCGGGGCCUAAGGACUUGGGCCAUCUUUACUGCUUUCCCAGGCCACAGCAGAGAGCUGGAUUGGAUGUGGAACAACCGGGUCUCGCACCGGCGCCUAUAUGGGAUGCCGGCGCUUCAGGCCAUGGCAUUAACCCACUGCGCCACAGCGCUGGCCCCUUGUUAAUGGUCUUAAUGACAGGACCAGGACCCAAACCUUAGUAUGGCCCAUCCAGUAUCACCCCACCAAGGCCCAUCCCAGUGCCAUCUGCCACCUCUUAUUCCUGGAGUUUUCCCUUUCCACUCAUCCCACGUUGCCUCUACCACCUGACUCCUCUCUGCAUUCCCCCUUAGUGUAACUGCCUGGUAUAUUAUCUACAUUUCUGCUUUUGAUUCUGAUCUCUGCCUUUGAAUUUCAGGCCACAUAAAUGUGGGAAAGAGUGCUUUGCCCAUAAACUAUGCUUCAAACCUAACAAAGCCAGUUAAGUUCUGUCUAGCUCCCUUUUGACAGUGGAGCCACCCAGAGUCCCAGGACUUGCACUUGGGGGAAACAUACUAAAUCUUUGUCCAAGGAAGGGUGUUAAAGCCCUGGUAACUGAGCCAAACCUAGCCAUCAUGCAGGGAGCCAGAGGCAAGUAACAGGAUCCUAAAACAAGGUCAGGGAGCUGGAAACAUGAGAGUGAAUACCAGCAGGGAGAACGCUGCAAACACAAACACCAUAAACAGGGUCAUACCAUAGUCACAUCUUGGAGUUCUCUAAUUAAAUGUGUUUCACUAAAGUAAUACCUACAUGUGGUUUAUAAAAUCAGUAGAUUUCAUAAGACUGAUAAUGCAAAUUGCAGUCUCCCUUCUUUCCACCAUUAAAACAUUUUUCAACAUUUUUAGCAGCCAAGUAAUAUGACAAUGUGCCUUUCCUUUUCUUUUCCUCAGCUAAUAAUUCCCUCUUAGUCUUCUAUGCAUUUAUCACUAACUCAUCCUCAACAUGACCAUACAUUCAUCUACUAUGAGUCUAGGGGAUCCUCAAAAGUUCAUGGAAGGGGCCUGCAUUGUGACCUAGCAGGUAAAGCUGCCGCCUUCAAUGCUUGCAUCCCAGGUGGACACUGGUUCAAGUCCCAGCUAUUCCACUUCUGAUCCAGCUCUCUGCUAAUGGCCUGGGAAAAGCAGUAGAAGAUGCCCCAAGUCUUUGGGCCCUUGCCACCCACAUGGAAGAUCCUAGUGAAGCUCCUGGGUUCAGCCUGACUCUGCUCUGGCCAUUGCAGCCAUCUGGGGAGUGAACCAGUGGAUGGAAGAUCUCUCUCUCUCUCUCUCUCUGUCUCUCUCUCGUUCUCUGUAACUCUUUCAAAUAAACGAAUAAAUCUUAAAAAACAGUUCAUGGAAAGAGUGGAUUAUUAAAAAAACUAUGCAUGGAUUUCAAAGUUUUUUGAUCAAAAUAAACUUAUAUUUUAAUUUCAUUUUCCAUGAACUUUUUGAAGGACCCUCCUAUAGGUGGCAUCACUUACAUUUUUCCUGGAGGACAUCACUGCCAAAGCCCUCUGAGUUCUCCCCUCCACUGCAGACAGAUUGUUCCCUAGGCCUGCCACCCAGGUCUUAUCCUUUCAUUCUCUCUUUUUGAGCUUCCUCCUUGCCUUAAUUAUAUACCUUUCGUGUCUUGAUUUACUUUCUCAUGGUGACGGUUGAUUUGUGUUUCUGUGAGACAGUCAGUCAGGUGCGGCCACAAGAGGAGACUCAGGAGAGGAUCAGAAAAACAAAGUUGAUCACACUCAGGGGUCCUGGAGAAGGGGGUCACCACAUGCCACUCAGGGUCACAGGGGAAAUGCCACAUGUUAGCCAAGUGGCAGCAAACAGGAACCAGGGAAAGUCUACAAGCCUAACUGGGGCUUUCGGGAAAGGCAGGACAGGGCAAGCAGUUCAGAUAACUGUGGGUAAAGCUGAAUGACUUUGAGAAGGCUACGGGCUGUGGAGGUGGCCUCUAGUUACCUGGUUCGUGGCCCUAGGAUGAUUGAAGCAGGAGGCCUGCGUCUCUCCUGUAGGUCAGGUAGAGAAAGUACAGCCACAGACUGAUUACUCCACACAGGAAAGGCCUGCUCCCAGCUGAGCCCUCUUCAAUCUCUUACGAAUUUGCUGGCUCCUGGAGGGGGGAGUUUUCCCCCAGCCAGGCAUUUAAGAUGUGACACAUAUUCGUAUACAGAAAGUUCAAAACAUAUACUCCCCCUCAUGUGAUGCACAUUCUCUAGGAGUUCCUGAUAAGGGGUACCUGAGAGGAAAAUUUCUUGAGACCUUUCUUGUAGGAAAGUGCUUUAUUCCACCCUCAGACUUAAUUGAUAGUGUGGCUGGAUAUGGAUGUCUGGUUUUGAAAUAAUUACCCCUCAGAAUUUUGAAGGUGUUAUUACGUUGGUUUGAGUCUUAAAUUGUCUAUAGAGAGUCUGAUUUUCUUCUGAUCCCUGAUUUGUUUUGACAAAGGAAUUUAAAGCCAGAUAAGAUUCAGGCUCUCUAAAAAUCACUAGCCUGGGGGAAAAUGAGAUCUGAUACCUUAGUCACACAAGACCCUGAAGUAUUGGUUAAUCUUGCUGACUAGCUGACACCGUUUGGGCAGUAAAUAAGUGAAGCACUCAUUCCCUUCAAUAACUCAAGAAAAGCACAUGAUCUCCUUAUUGCUAUUUCUGCCAAAUGCAUCACAGGAUGCAGACAAGAACCACUCAGCAGCUAGUGCUGUCCUUUGUUAACUUGUAAUUGUAACUUGUUCCUCCUUUUUCUGUUUGUGCAUUCCAAUCGCUUGGCUGCAUUUUGGAGCACCUAUCCUGGGCAAACAGAAUAGUGUUUGCUGGGGGCCUUCCCCAGUUUGACUCAGAUGAACUCCUUCAUUCUCACACUCAGUGGGCCUCAACUUGCUUUCCAGGUUGCUGGUGUGUAUGUGACCUAUUUCUCUCUGGAAACUUUUAGGAUCUUCCCUUUCUCGCUCCUGCUUUGCAAAUGCUUUAGAUGAAUUGAAACUUGUGUCAUCGAGAGCCCAAUUCCAUUUUUUAUAGGUAUUUGAUGACAGCUUUCCAUCCCCACUGUCCCUCUUCCCCUUUUGCCUCACAUAUAGACAAGCCAGUAAGAAAAGCUGGUGAGCCUUCCCUGGGAAAGUUCAGACCCUGAAAGUCCUGGUGUGUCCCCGAAAACCCUUACCCCAGUGUCGCUCCCUGCCCCUGUCUGUCCCCUUCCACCCACUGACCACAUUUAAAGCCAAAGCCAGUCACCUCUGCAGCUGCUCUCGAGACAAUUUUUUUGACCUGCUUGGGAGCCUCAGGUAUGGACAUCCUGAUUAUGUAUGUAUUAUAUCUCUCAUCCCUUCUUCCUUGUAGUGGCAUCAGUGUAGACAUCCAAGUCUGUUCCCCCUUUGCAGGAACAUAAAGCAUCACCACGUAGUAGCUGACUGAUCCAUCUCUAUCUGUUUGCAAAAAGGGAAUAAUAAGAGUACUCAUAUUGUUGCCUCUUAGAUUCAUUUCAGUUAGGGCUAAUGAGGAUGCAUUGUGGAGAUGAUUGGGCAACAGUGUGAAUUACCUAAUAUUACUGAAUUGCAUACUUUCAACAGUUAAGAUGGUACAUUUGAUGUGUACAGAGGACUGACUUAAGAGACUCAAACAUCUCUGGGGUUUAAUAUCCUAGAGUUGUCCCAGAAACAAUCACCACUGGAUACCAAAGAACGAUUUGUAAUCAAAUAAAGCUUUAAAACAGAGUAGGCAGUCUUAAAUGGAUGUAACCUGACAAAGAACUUGCAAGUCCAUGGAGCAAUGUGGAUGGAGAGUCUGGAGGUGUGCUGCCCUGCUGACCACCUGCCCUCUUCCCACUGCUCACAUCUCUGUUCAGUGCUGUCCUCAAACAGCCCUUACUCUUACCAUUUUACUUAAAAUCGCCAUUCCCCAAGCCAUUCCAUAACUCCGUUUUAUUUUUCUCUGUAGCCUUUAGUGACAACAUGGCAUUUUAUUAUUCGUUGGUCACUCUUCCUUGUCAGUCUCCCCUACUAGAGAACAAGCAUCUUCAUUGUUGAUUUUCAUCACAUAUGCCCAGAGCCUAGAUCACAGUCUGGGUCAUCCUAUCAGAUGUUCCAUUGUAUUUUUUGAGUGAAUGAAUGAUUUAUGUAUUUACUUAUUAUUUAAUAUAUAAAGUAUAUACUUAAUACUAUUAUUUCAUUGAGUUUAAUUCUCUUCAUUUUUUAAUGUUUAUUUUCAUCUACAUAAAAGGCAGAGUGACAGGCAGAGAGAGAUAAACAGAGGUCCUCCAACUGCUGGUUUGCUACCUAAAUGCCCCCACUGGCUGAAACCAGGAGGCUGGAACUCCAUGCAGGUCUCCCACGUGGGUGGCAGAAACCACCCGCAGCCUCCAGGGUGCUUUAGCGGGAAGGUGAGCAGCCAGGACUUCAUCCAGCACUCCAGUAUGGGAUGCGUGAGUCCCAAGCGGCAGUUUACCCGCUGUGCCACAAAGCCCACCCCCAUUUUCAUCAUUUACUUCCCCAUCCUGAAAUCACUUCCUACGCCUUUACUUCGUGUCACGUAUAUUGCUAGCUGGGUAAGCUGGGGGAGUUCGAUAAAGAAACCCCCACUUUCUAAAGAAUAAAAUUCAAAGUCCUUAGCAAGCAAAGACUGGACAUCUUAAAUCCAAGGGAGUAAGGUUUUAAUUGUAUUAAGCGCUCAGGAAGUUAAUUUUGUUUCUAGAACUCUGGGAGCGUCCCUUGACUUCCUUCCAAGCCUCUCAAAGACCCAACUUCUUAAUUUUCUGCGACCGAGCUUAGCGCCAAGUUGAGACCAUCGUUGCUUUCGGCGACCGAGUUGAGCGACAAGUUCAGGCCAGCUCGGCUCACAGCUCCUCCCUUGGUAAUUGACAGUUGGGGGAAAUCCUGCUGAGGCCUGCCCCCGCCCGCCUCCUGUCUAAACUGAGUGGCAAGAACCGGUGGGAAUGGCUGCCAGCUCAGCCAAUGGACGAAGCCAGAGCUAGAGCCUGUGUAAACAAACCCUGAGGUACUGCGCCUCGGGUUCCUCCCCCACGUGGGCCAGACGCGUCGGUAGCCCAAUGCAGAUCCAGAACGAGCGUAUCGUCCUUUGAGCCAAUCAGAGGCAAUGUCUCCCGCAAGGAGGCGUUCCAUCCUGAAGGAAAGAACAGAGGAGGCUGAAAGACAGACGUUAAAACCAAUCGGAAGCUGGAACUUCUAAGGGCGUGGGCGGGCACUGUUUAACAUUUAGACGAAUACAAACCACAUAAGCCCUUCUAGAUGACUGAGCGGCAUGCUAUUCUGUCCAAUAAACGAAUGGGGCGGUGCCCGGCAACCAAUGGGUUGGGUUCGGGGGCGGGGUGAGGAGCCAGUGUGCACUAAAGAGGCAACCAAGCGAGUGGUACUGGCUGUUCUCUGGUGCUGUGGCUCACGUUUUGGUACAAGAGGCCGAGACUGUCGGAGCGACUGUGACCUCUGCGGCGGCGGCUUAGGUUCUCGGAGGAGUGGCAGAGUACGA